AUGUAUCCAAUAAAGAGACCAAAAAUUGAAAAUGAUGAGGAGGAAGUGGAUGAAGAAAUUAAAUUUAGAAGAAGAGGGGGUAGUGGAGGGGAAACUGAUGAAGUUACCGAUGAAAUGAUGUUACAACUACUUCAACGUUGGGAGGGUGAAAAUGGACAUAAUGGGGAGGAAUUAAUGGGUGUUAAUGAACAGCGGCAACAACAAACUUGUAGUAAUAAACAGGAAAAUAAUAAUAAUGUUGGUACGAAAGAAGGAGAAAAACAUAGUCAUACUAGUGGUUCAGCAAGCCCAGUUUCUCUCCAUAACGCAACAACUUCUAAUUGUAAUAUAGUAACUACCUCAUUGCCCGAAGGUUUUGUUCGCCCAACAAUUGAUAAUCAAAAAUCUUUUUUGCUUCAAUCAUUUACAAUUAGAACCGUUUCUUCUGAGGGCGAUUCAACUACUUCAUCUUCCCAAUCUCCCCUUCCAGAAGAACUCGUUGCUUAUUUACCUGUUAGAUCAAUGUUGCUAGAACCGUUGAAAUUGACUUUGGAAUUAAGGCCUAAUCCACAAAAUACUGAUUCUUUGAUUCGUGAUCAACAGCUUCAACAUUUAGAAAAUCAAAAACCGAUUCUCAGAAAAAUGGAAAAUUUUGAAAUGUGCGAUAAUAAUAGUUAUGGAGCUGGAAAUGAAGUAGUACCCAGCAGUGUGCCAUAA